CGGAAGCCGGUGCAGAGGCGCACGAUCGACCACUCCGCGACCGCGGUGCGGCACGUGGAAUCGCGCGUGUACCAGAAGAACCUGUGGGACAACGAGAUGCUGCAGCCCACGUCCGGGGCGAUGCUGGAUUUCCUCCCCCCCGUGGCGUACGCGCAUCUCCCCGCGACGUCGUUCGCGACGAAAUUCGUGCACGUCUCCACGAACAAGAUCCGCACGCCGGUGAACGUCGCGACGUUCACCCCCGACGGACGUAGACUGCUGACGUGCUCGCAGAACGGCGAAUUCACGCUGUGGAACGGCAUGAGCUUCAACUUCGAGACGAUCUUGCAGGCGCACAACUGCGCGAUCCGCGCGUGCGUCUUCUCGCACAACGAGAAUUGGUUCCUCUCCGGCGACGACGCCGGCGUCGUAAAGUACUGGCAGACCAACUUGAACAACAUGAAGCAGAUCAAGGCGCACGACGAGCCCGUCCGCGCGCUCGCGUUCGCGCCCACGGACCUCAAGUUCUGCUCGUGCUCGGACGACACGACGGUAAAGGUGUGGGACUUCGCGCGCGCCGCCGCGGUGCACGCGCUCUCGGGGCACGGCGGCGACUGCGUCGACUGGCACCCGUCGAAAGCGUUGCUCGCGUCGGGGGGCAAGGACUCGCUCGUGAAGCUGUGGGACGCGAAGGGCGGGAAGUGCGUCGGGACGCUGCACGACCACAAGAACCAGGUGACGUGCCUGCGGUGGAACGUCAACGGGAACUGGUUCGUGACCGGGUGCAAGGACCAGACGUUGAAGGUGCACGACGUUCGAACGAUGCGCGAGAUCGAGUGCUUCAAAGGGCACACGCGCGACGUGACGUCCGUGGCGUGGCACCCGCAGCACGAGACGCUGCUCGCGUCCGGCGGGUACGACGGGAGCAUCAACUACUGGAUCGUCGGAAGCGGCUCGGAGGACGCGGCGGCGACGAUCAAGGGCGGGCACGAGGCGGCGGUGUGGUCGCUCAAUUGGCAUCCUGCGGGGCACGUGUUGUGCUCGGGAAGCAACGACAACACGACUAAGUUUUGGUGCCGGAACAGACCGGGGGAGGUCCCGAGGGAC